GGGACCCAUUAGUGCCCGCGUUAGUGUGUGACACGCUGUAUAUGAAAAUUCAUUUUAGCGGCCAUACGUAACCGGGGUUUGCCCAAUACUGAGAUGGACGGCCGUACCUCCUGUCCCAGCGUUCCACAUGUCAGCUGUUUUAUAACCUAUGCCUUGCUAUAAGCAUUUGCGACCACUUGUGUAAGAAGGCGUGUGAAAUUUGGAAGAAAGCAGUAGAAAAUGGAGAGUGCCGGUACAGGACAUGUGACUACAGUGGCUCUAGUAGAAAGUAACGCUAAUCCUACGGGGGUUCAGUUAGUUAGCACUUAUCAAACCAAUCGCAUUGGAGACCCCUCUAACCUUGUGGAUCUUGCGCGGCAAGUGCAAAAGGCUGAUGAAUUUGUCAGAGCCAAUGCAUGUAACAGAUUGACUGUUAUAGCUGAGCAGAUCCGCAUGCUGCAGGAACAAGCUAGAAGGGUGCUGGAGGAAGCCAAGAGAGAUGCUGAUUUGCACCACGCAGCUUGCAAUGUUGUCAAAAAGCCAGGAAAUAUUUAUUAUCUCUACCAGCGGGAAAGUGGACAGAGAUAUUUCUCAAUUCUGUCACCAAAGGAGUGGGGCCCUAGUUGCCCACAUGAAUUCCUUGCUGCUUACAAGCUUCAGCAUGACAUGUCCUGGACACCAUUUGAAAACAUAGAAAAAAGAGAUGCAGAAAUCAGCAUUAUUGAUAAACUAUUGAAUGAACAAGUGGCACUUCCAUCAUGCAAAGAACCCAACUUUAGAGGAUUAACAAAUUAAAUAUAUCUGUGAUACCUGGGUAACUGAAGCCUUAUCACCUCUAAUGUGAAUUUGUGGCAUUGUCUGUGAUCUGUCUGCAAAUCGGGGAUGUCACCAACAACUGUUUAUCACUUCCUUUCUCACUUGUUGGUCACCUUUGCGCACUGAGAGUCUUUCCUGCCAAGAGAAUUGGUUUUAAGUUUAUUUUUACUUAGCUCAGUUUUUUUUAUACUCGUACAAACUGAGAUUUUUUUUAAGCCAUCUUUUGUUAGCAGAAAGUUUCCACCCUCAAAAUAUAUAUUUUUUUUUUAUUGUCAUUGUUUGGCAAAAUGCCCUGAUAAUAAAGACUUACAGUAGAAGUGCAGCCAGGUAACCAUACAUUAUGAUGGGUUUUAUUGUUGGGAAUAUUGUCCAAAUGGAGGAUACAGAAUGUAGCUGAAUCCAAAAAUUAUGCAUUUGAACAAGAAGGCGUUGGUCUGGUUUAUUGAUAUCGAUGGUAUUUGCUAUUUGCCUUAAACUUGUUAAAGUGCCCCACACAACACAAACUCCUAAUAUACCUAUUACUGUAAUCUGUUCCUUCUAAACAUAUUAAUAAAUACCAUUUUCAUAUGCUGAA